UCGCGCCCAAACGCGGCCUUCCCUGUUCAGAGGCUCUCCAUUUCUAACGGACCUUUACCCGCUUUACAAACCGGGCUUACAUCUCUGUGCACGCAAACAUAGAUAGAGAGAGAAAGCGGAAGAGAACAGAGAGGGGAGGAGAGAGAAACACACAGAUUAUAGAGAUAGAUACAUAGAGAGAGGGAGAGAUAGGAAGUGCGUGGCCGUUUUACCGGCCACCACCGCCGCCGCUAGACACCGUCGAGUUAUCAACUGCAUUUUAAUUUAUGUAGCUAAAGAAUAAAACAGAAAUAUAUAAUUACAAGAGGAAUUAUUGUUUUUUUUUUUUAAUUUUUAAUUUUGAUUUUCAGUAAUUGGAGAAAGAAAAAAAAAAUUCAAUUCGUAUCGUAGUUAAUCCAAACAAGCUGCGGCGCCAUUGUUCUGUUUGUUUCUUCUUCAUCAUUUUCCCGUCUUCUCUGGGAUUGCAGAUAAGGGAACGCAACACAAUAAAUUUACCUCGAUGCGUAGUAUGAAUAUGAUGGACGAAUGCAAGGGCGUACAAGUUUGUGCCAUGAAUCAUGGAACCACCACAGCGGGCGGUGUUAGUGGUGUUCUCCAGCACCUCCAUGAUCAUCUAAAGGGAAAUAUGAUCGGGUCCAAAUCCACCCGGAAUUUCCAGAGACUUCAACAUUCCAAUAAUACUGUCAAUCCGUCUGUCUUAGCUGAAACUCUCGCAGUUUACGGCCUCCCUCAGGCGGAUCUCGUUGAACCCCAGAUUGAACCUUACCUCAAACCUGUGGAUUUCGUGCAGGCUCUAGCUGAACUCUACCGUAAGUUUGAGGAUUGCCCUCAAUUUGACAAGUCUAGGGUGUUUCUUGAGCAAUGUGUGUUAUUUAAGGCCUUAACGGAUCCUAAGAUGUUUAGGGGGAGCCUUGUUUCUGCCAGGAAGCACGCCGUUGAUGUGCAUUCUAAGGUUGUUCUUUCGGCAUGGUUGAGGUUUGAGAGGAGAGAGGAUGAGCUUAUUGGGGUGUCGGCUAUGGACUGUUGUUGUACAAGAAGCAUGGAAUGCCCAAGAUGCUCCUUGGUGCGGGGAUAUAAUCCUGAAUCAGCUAAUGAUCACUGUACGUGUCUCCAGAGUCGAAAGGAGGAUGAGGAUGCUGAAUGUCGUAUGGAAGAUGAGGAAAUUUCCACCUCACCGAGCCAUGCUAUUGAAGAAGAAGAUGAUGAUGAUUAUGAUAUGUCAUUUUGCAUUGGGAGUGAUGAGAUCAGGUGUAGUAGAUUUAAGAUUGGCUCACUUUCAGUACCGUUUAAAACAAUGUUGUAUGGUAGCUUUAUGGAGUCAAAAAGGGAAAAGAUCCACUUCUCGCUAAAUGGGUUCUCUGCGAAUGCAAUGAAAGCAGCUGAGGUCUUCAGCCGGACAAAGAGUGUUGAUUCUGUUAAACCAGAAGUUGUCUUGGAGCUCUUAUCAUUGGCCAAUAGGUUCUGUUGUGAGGAAAUGAAGUCUGCUUGUGAUGCAUAUUUGUCAUCUUUGGUUUCUGACAUAGAGGAUGCCGUGUUGCUUAUUGAAUAUGGGUUAGAGGAGGGUGCCUAUCUCCUAGUUGCAGCUUGCUUACAGGUUUUCCUCAGGGAACUGCCCAUGUCAAUGCAGAAUCCAAAUGUGUCAAGGAUCUUCUGCAGUUCAGAAGGAAGGGAAAGAUUAGCAGCUGUGGGACAUGCUUCCUUUUUAAUAUACUAUUUCCUGAGCGAGAUUGCCAUGGAGUUUGAUAUGAAAUCAAACAAAACUGUGAUGCUCUUGGAAAGAUUAGGAGAGUGUGCAACCGAAGACUGGCAAAGACAAGUUACGUUCCACCAAUUGGGCUGUGUGAUGCAUGAAAGAAAAGAGUACAAGGAUGCUCAGCAAUGGUUCAAGGCAGCUGUUGACGCUGGUCAUGUUUAUUCUUUGGUUGGUUUUGCCAGAUCCAAGUAUAAACGCGGCCAUACUUACAAGGCAUAUAAGCUGAUGAACUCCCUUAUAAAUGAUCACACACCAUCUGGAUGGAUGUAUCAGGAGCGAUCUCUUUAUUGCAGUGGGACUGAGAAGAUGAUGGAUUUGAAUUUGGCUAUUGAAUUGGACCCAACUCUUUCUUAUCCAUACAAAUAUAAAGCUGUUUCUAUGAUGGAGGAAAAUAAAAUUGGGCCUGCUAUCUCAGAGAUCAACAAAAUCAUUGGUUUCAAAGUUUCUCCUGACUGUCUGGAACUACGUGCUUGGUUUUUGAUUGCCUUGAAGGAUUUCAUAGGAGCGUUGACAGAUGUCAGGGCACUUUUAACAUUGGAUCCUCAUUACAUGAUGUUCAAUGGGAAACUGCAAGGGGACCGCUUGGUGGAGCUCCUUUGUAGUGCAGUUCAGCAGUUGAGUCAAGCUGAUUGCUGGAUGCAACUAUAUGAUCGAUGGUCCCGAGUAGAUGAUAUUGGCUCCCUGGCUGUUGUACAUCAUAUGUUGGCUAAUGACCCAGGGAAGAGCCUCCUACAAUUUCGGCAAUCUCUCCUCCUCUUACGGUUGAAUUGCCAUAAAGCCGCGAUGCGAAGCCUAAGAACAGCAAGAAACCAAGCUAGGUUUGUGCAUGAAAGACUAGUCUAUGAAGGAUGGAUAUUGUAUGACACAGGUUUUCAUGAAGAAGCAAUUGCUAAAGCUGAAGAAUCACUCUCAAACAAGAGAUCGUUUGAAGCCUUCUUUCUAAAAGCGUACAUUUUGUCCGAAACAAAUCACGAUACCCAGUCUUCUAUGUAUGUUAUAGAGCUGUUAGAGGAAGCUCUUAGGUGCCCUUCCGAUGGCCUUAGGAAAGGCCAGGCUCUAAGUAACCUUGCAAGUAUUUAUGUAGAUAUUGAGAAGCUAGAUAAUGCAAUUGAUUGCUACAUGAAUGCCCUGGAUAUUAAGCACACACGAGCCCAUCAAGGUUUGGCGCGUGUAUACCAUCUCAAAAAUCAGCGACAAGCUGCAUAUGAUGAGAUGACAAAGUUAAUUGAGAAGGCAAGGGAUAAUGCAUCAGCUUAUGAAAAACGCUCCGAGUACUGUGAUCGCGAUAUGGCAAAAAGUGAUCUUAUAAUGGCAACAAAGCUAGAUCCCCUGCGUACAUACCCGUAUAGAUACAGAGCAGCUGUUCUGAUGGAUGAUCACAAGGAAGCAGAGGCCAUUGCAGAGCUCAACAGAGCCAUCGCUUUCAGACUUGACCUACAGCUACUCCAUCUUCGAGCAGCAUUUUACGAUUCCAUUGGUGAUCACAUGUCAACUAUCCGAGAUUGUGAGGCAGUCCUUUGUCUUGAUCCUUCACACGCAGACACACUUGAGCUGUUCCAGAGAGCACGCCAACAUCUCAAUGAACAGCAGCAGACGUAGACGAGCAAAUAGGGUCAUCUCGAGUUUCUUUUUCGUGUGGACUGUGGUGAGCCGGUCAGUCUCUUCUGCCCUGUCUUUUUGGGGCAUACUGUGCUAGCAGUAGGCCAUUUUUACUUACACGCUGGAUUUUGUAUUUAGAUUGAAUCAAGAUUAGAUUGGCAUUGGGCAUUUUAUGUGGUAAAAGAGAUGAAGGAGUACAGAAUCUUGGAGAAUGAGUAAUAUAGCCUGUAAAUAUCUUUUUUUUUUUUUUUUCAAAUAUAGUGAAACACAAAAGUACAAAACAAAUUUAUGAAUUUGUAGUGGGUGCUGCCGAAGUGGCCAUAGUUGUUUGAAACAUGUACAUGAAAUUCCAGCUUGCAAUGAAGGUUCGUUUAAGUGUAA